UCGGCUAAUGAAGAAACUUUACAGGAAAACGAUAUCGCAAAUUUGAACAAAACUAGUGAAAGAGGAACUUGAAGAACCGUAUUAAAUAGAUGGAGAAGGACACCACUUUGACUCAGAUUCUGCCUAAGCCACUGCCUAAGUUGGGUUCUUAACUAUAGAUUAUUUGUCAUGUAGAAUAUCUUUUGCCGGCAGUUCAUAUAUAAUAACAUUUCAUAUAUAUUCUCUUGCUCAAAAUUGUCCAUGUUUGUUAGUAAACGGUUUACAAUUUUUAAAUCGGCUAAAAACGACGCUCCCCUGAAUUGCCUGUGGUAGACAAAAGAAAAUUCUUCUAACGUCGGUUUUUCGGUUGCCAUUUGAAAACUUCAUGAAAGUGUGUUGCAACUGAGAAAGGUAGCCAAAUUUGAAAGAGAACUCUUUGUUUACAAAAAACUGGGUGCUUGGCAACGAAAAUCAGAUCCGCAGGUUGUAGUCUUCAAACACCAGCAGGCAAGUGAUAAAUAUGCCACCUUGAACUACCCAUCAUGGCUGCCCCGACACGAUCAACAAGUCAACCGAGUAACAUUUUAACAUCUUAAGAACAAAAAGUAUGUCAUAGAGCCACGUUCCAGUCAUGGCAAAGUCCCCGGGAAACUUGGAGUCGGGGCUAACCCGGUUUUUAAACACUCUCUACGCUUGCUUCCGCUUUAUGUCAAGAUUUCUUGUAUGCUGCCAGUUCUGUGAAUGUCCGACGCAUCAAAGAAAGUGUAAAAGGAAGGUUGAUGGAGAACAAAGCAUAGACUCCCAAACGACGAAUUCUAAAAGGAGUAGAAUUUCUGCUGCAGAAUUUAGCUUUCCAAAGCGUUAUAUUCUGGCGAUAAUGACUUUUCUUGGUUUUAUGAACAUGUACGCUUUGCGUGUUAAUUUGAACGUCGCUAUAGGCGCCAUGGUCAAUAAUCACACUGUACAACAGAAAGGAUACACGAUCACACGGGAAGCAGAAUUUGACUGGGAUUCAAAACUGCAAGGCAUAGUUCUGGGCUCGUUCUAUUAUGGAUAUGCCUUCUUGCAGCUGCCUGGUGGCUGCCUCGCUCUCAAGCUCGGUGGCACGAGAAUAUUUGGAUACGCCAUCUUUUUAGCCUCCAUGUUGACACUUCUGACUCCAGUGGCCACACGAUACAGUGUGUAUGGAAUGAUUGCUGUAAGAGCAGGAGAAGGGCUCAUGCUGGGCGCUGUGUUUCCUUGUAAUCAUGCUAUUUGGAGUAAAUGGGCUCCUCCACUGGAGCGAACAACUUUAGUUACCAUGGCGAUUUCAGGCUGUCACGUGGGUACUAUCAUAACUAUGCCAUUGUCAGGACUUUUAACAAAGUACGGCUUUGAUGGAGGCUGGGCCUCAGUUUUUUACUGCUUUGGUGCUGCUGGUAUAUUGUGGUUUGUUGCCUGGCAACUGAUUGUUCAUGAAUCACCUUCCAACCAUCCCACCAUAUCAGAGGAAGAGAAACAUUACAUCGAAAAUAGCUUUGAAAGAGGAAAUGAAGAUGCACCAAUACCAUGGAAGUCAAUCCUAACGUCCGUACCCGUGUGGGGAAUAAUGUUUGGUAACCUGGCCUCGGACUGGGGCCUUUACACCAUUCUCAUCUGUCUUCCAAUGUUUCUUCUUGAUAUUCUGCACUUCGAUAUACAGACAAUGGGAUUUCUUGCGGCCACACCUUUCUUAGUGAAGUCUCUCUCGGGUCCCUUUGGUGGCAUCACGGCCGAUCUUUUACGAAGAAGAGGACUAAGUACCAAAUCAGUUAGAAGAUUAUACUUCGCUGUCGGCGCAAUGGGAGCUGGGACAUUUAUCCUCGCUGCAGGUUACGCCAGGACUGCAACAGUAGCGGUCACUUGCAUGUGUAUCGGAGUAGCAGCCUCAGGACUGAUGCAUUCCGGGUAUAAUGUUAAUAUGUUGGAUAUUGCGCCGCGAUACGCGUGCGUAAUUAUGGGUCUGACUAACACUGUGGGAACAAUAACUGGAUUUCUUAGUCCUAUGAUGGUUGGAUAUAUCACUGUUAAUAAGGAAGCUGAAGAGUGGCGCACGGUAUUCUGGGUAACAUUUGUUAUCUAUGUGGUGGGAAUGCUUCUCUUUUGCUUGCUGAUGUCCGCUGAACAACAGCCUUGGGCAAACGGUGGCUCAAGUAAAAACAACGGCGAGAGAGAAGAAAUGACCAUGGAAGAACAAAGUUGACAAUAAUGAAAUUCACCAAGCUUUUCUAGUGACGUAUACAACAACUUGUACUGUGAUUCAAAAAAGAUAACAUUCGUUCAGAAGAGAACCAUCCAAGGACUUAUUUACUUGGUGUACAUAAUUUUAAUGAAAUAAUAUGGAAAACAAUGCGAACGGAUAGGACACGAUUUAUAACCAAGUAGUCAAAAAUAAAUUUAAUGUUAAAUUAUACAUAAAACAUGUCCUUAUGGAUCAGACAGGAAGAAUUCAACGAAUCAAAGUCUCUCCUUUACAUUUUACAGUCGGAACAUCUCAAAACUGGAGCCUCCUGGGGUGGAAAUGUGUGUCAGAUAUUUAUUUAUGAGAAGUUUGAAGCCAGGCUACAACUGAGAGUUUGCUAAGGAGAGGUGUCAACUGUACUUUACUUACAAAUUAAAAAUAAAACUUUUAGUACAAACACGAUGAGUAUCCACCUGACACACCAUCAGUGACUGACACUCGUACCAGCCCGAAAUAAGCUCUCUUGAUGAGAAAGGCACGUUAUUAGAGCAAAUGUCGACAGCAAUCUGUCGGGCUUUACAACUAUUAAAAGCCAAAUUAAACGGAGUACUUCCGUGAGUGUUUGCUCUCGGUGAAGAAUCAAUCGGGAACCAGCAUGAAAUAUCAGUAGCCAGAACCAAUAAAAAGUCACUGCUCGACACUACGGUUUUCUUGUUUCCCCGCUAUAACCUUUUUAAAUAUCACCAGAACUCAUGCUCACCAGCUUGUAUAUGUAUUUAAACGAAUUACAAAAUACUCCCUUAUUUGGGCGUGGAAUCCUCCGUAGGAGAAAAAUAUGACGGCUGUACAUCUUACCAUAAUACCAUGCGAACCUAACACAGCCCAUUAGGCACAAGGAAAACCAUAUUUCGUAAUACCUGUCCCUAUACUAACUACAUCGUUUACCCUCAAUUUGACGAUGUUAGAACUUUUCUAUACGUUUUUAUGAUCGUUGUGAAGGUUUUCAUGAGGAUAAAUGUACCAGUCGCCAUCUGUUUUUCUUACAGAAGAAUGGAAUUGAGUUACACAUUUGUCCCCAAGCCCCUCACUUCCAAAUAUGCAGUAUGACGUCUGAAAGCAACAUGAAUCGGGUGAAACAAGUGAGAAAGUGAACAACUAAACCGAACUAUCUAUUUUGGUCCAAUUUGUGUCCAAGUAAAGUCUUGAAAAUGGAAAAGACAAAGCAAUCCUUCAAAGCCGAACAGGAUGUUCGAAAGGUGAGAUUAGUUUACAGUUAUCGAUCGAGUCGCCUGGCAAGAAUGCGUAAAAUUUUACUUUUUUUGCAUUGAUUAAUGGGUAAUCAUAUGCCAGUGUGCUCGUGACAUUAGGAAAUAAUUCCACUUACGGU